AUGCCCCGAUUUCCUGACUCAGGAAUUCUAGUGGAGGCGGAGGCAUUCAAUGAAUACGGCGGCUGGACCCUGGAUUCGCAGUUCGACUUCGAGAUGGGCUCCCCGUACCUGCUGGCACAUGGCAACGGGCGGCCCGUCGCUGAUGCCACAACGGUCAUCCUUGUCGAGGACGCUGGCGAGUACAACACCUGGGUUCGCGCAAAGGACUGGGUUCCUAGCCACCAUCCAGGGAGGUUUACCGUCAGUGUCAACGGAAAGGUGCUCGACACCGAGUUUGGUGCCAACGACCAGGAUUGGACCUGGCAGCCGGGAGGCAGAAUCCGGCUGCCCGUGGGUGAGACCAGGCUCGCACUUCACGACCUGACCGGCUUCUGCGGCCGCUGUGACGCUAUUUUCUUCAGCCGGGACAACCUACCUCCUCCCCAGGUGGUGGACGAGGCGGCCCGUGCUUGGCGGAAGCGAUUUCGCGGACUACCUGAUCAACCGGUUGACGCGGGGUCAUUUGAUGUCGUCGUCGUCGGGGGUGGGGUGCCCGGUGCUACCGCUGCGCUAGUCGCCGCAAGAUUAGGAGAUCGCGUCGCUCUUGUCCACGACCGUCCAUACUUGGGCGGUAACGCGAGCCUCGAGAUCGGCCUGAGACCUCGUGGUGUAACUGGACCGGUGGUAGACGAGGUCUCGGAACGCACCCCUGAAGGUGACUUGAAGGCGAAGCAGUUACUUGACGCUGAACCGAAUGCGACGGUCUUUCUAGAACACAACGUCUAUAACACGGUCACCGUCAACUCCUCCAUUAUUUCACUUGAUGCGCGUGAGGCCCGCACCGGCAAAGAAAUUCGCAUUUCGGCACCGGUAUUUAUCGACUGCUCAGGCAAGGCUAUCCUUGGGUUACUCUCAGGAGGAGAGACACUUUUCGGUCAGGAGUCGAAGUCAGAGUACGGCGAGAGCCUCGCUCCUGCGACCCGCGACAAUAUGCAUCAUGGGAAUACUGUCUUUUUCCGUACGCGAAUGGCGGAAUCACCGGUUUCCUUCCCGCCUGUGCCAUGGGCCACCGAGGUGGCGAAAGACUACUCUAACCUUGGUGGCCAACUCCAGAAAGCCGGUAUUGAGAACGCGCCCGGGCCGGCUGUUACUCCUCCGGGAUAUGUUCCCGACCCAACAGUUCCUUGCCGCAUGACAAAGCCUCUUACCCACUAUUGGGAAUAUGGUCAGUGGCUCAACCCCUAUACCCAGGCUGAGAAGAUUCGGGAUCACCUUCUCCGCGCGAUCUAUGGGACAUUCUCCAAUGUUAAGACUCUCGACCCGGAUAACUAUGCUAAUCUCGAAUUUGACUGGGUGGCUUUCGUAGCUGCCCAGGGUGAGUUCCGGAGAUAUAGGGGAGACUAUAUUCUCACCGAGACAGAUAUCCGGUCCCAGAGGGAAUUCCCCGACGCUGUGGUGCAGAAUGGAGGAGCCUUCUGCUUACACUACCCGGGUAAUGAGAAAUACGACUUUCGUCUGAAAUACUGGACGUGGGACGAGAGAGACGGGAAGCCUUACUACGUCCCGUUCCGCUGCCUCUACUCCGCCGAUAUUUCGAACCUCAUGAUGGCGGGGAAACAUAUUAGCGUCACCCACGUUGCCGGGUCGAACACGAAAUUCAUGGGCAACGGCGGACAACACGCAAUUGCCACCGCUUCUGCGGCUCACUUGUGUAAGAAAUAUAAUACAACGCCCCGGGGUGUCUACAAGAAUCAUCUCGUGGAGCUUCAGGCCAUUGCUGCAGCGGUCACCAAAACCAACUUCUACCAUUCACAAACUUGGGCAAAACUAUGA